AUGAGAGCUUCAAGCAAACUACUAUUUUCAGUCUUGGGUUAUUUAAUAUCAACUCGAAUAAUCAUUUCUGCACCGAUAGAAGAAUUUUCCAUAUCAGAAAUUACUUUACAAAGAUCUUCCAACACAAUUUCAAAUUCUUAUAUAAUAGAAUUUGAUAAUUCUAAUGAUCAAGAAAAAGACCAAGAUUUUGUUGCUUCAUUUGCAAGAACAAUUCAAGGUGAAGGUAUAAAUCAUAAAAUCAGAGAAACUUUUAAUCCAAAGGUAUUUAAUGGAGCUUCCAUUAAACUUGAUGACGAGAAAGAUCUCAAUAAACUCAAAAAAUUAAAAGGUGUUAAACGUGUUUGGCCCGUGACAAAAAUUCAACGAUCCAAAUUCAAGGUGGUAGAGAAUAAAUCAAAUUCUUCAAUUUUACACAGCAGUAUUGGCGUCGUUGAAGCUCGCGAACAAUUUGGAAUUGAUGGAUCAGGAAUUAAAGCGAUGGAAAAAGCUUUUGAAGAUGGAAUGGAUAUUAUUAAUCUUUCACUUGUAUCAGGUGAUAAUGCUUGGUUUGGAGGUCCUGAAAGUCUCGUCGCUGAAAAAUUAACAGAGAAUGGGUUGUUCGUUGUAGCAGCUGCUGGAAGCUCCGGUGAUAAAGGAAUAUUUAAAUCUUCGUCACCAUCCACGUCCCCCGGUGUUAUUUCUGUCGCAUCCAUUGAUUCUGAACAAAUCGAUUCAUUUUUUAUUCAACCUGGUUCUAAUUCUACUCGUAAAAUUCAAUAUCUCACACAAGAUGGAAAUGCUAUUGAACUUGAAGAUUCCUUUUCAAUUAUUCCAACCUCAAAUACUACAAACUCAAAUGAUGAUGCUUGUGAAUCAAUUAAUGAAGACCUUACGGGAAAAGUCGCUUUAAUUCGUAAAGGAGGUUGUGAAGAAACAAAAAAAAUCAACGUGGCUCAAGCUGCUGGAGCUACAGCCAUCGUUCUCUAUAACAACGUUGAUGGAAUAACAACACCCGAAUUUGAUCAAAAUGGAAUCAUAAUACCCGUUGCAAUGAUUUCUUGUAAAGAUGGAAUAUUAUUAAUUGAUGAAAUUAAAAAAGACGAUAAUUUUACAGUAAAAUUUCCAAGAGAAAGUACCUUGUUCGAUAACCUAGACACCUUAAAAAUUUCCGCGUUUAGUUCUUAUGGACCCACAAAUGAAUUAGAUAUUAAACCUGAUAUUGCGGCACCCGGAAGUAACGUUUUUAGUACAUUCCCAGUUUCUCUUGGAUCAUUUCAAACUUUAUCCGGAACAAGCAUUUCAACACCUUUCGUUACCGGUAUUUUAGCAUUAGUCAUGCAAAAUAAAGGAAAAUCAAAUUCAACCCUUGCUCGUGAUAUCCUUCAAAAUAAUGCUAAACCGCUUUUUAUUAAAAAUUCUGAAACAGAAGUAGAAGGAAAUAAAACUUCCAUCAUAGCAACAACCAUACUUCAACAAGGCGCUGGAUUAAUUAAUUUAGUUGACGCGUUAACUUCAACGGUUAUAAUUUCUCCUGCUAAACUUGCGCUUAAUGAUUCAGCUCAUUUUAAUGGAAAGAAAAGAUCUCUCACUUUAACAAAUGUUGGUCAAGAAACAACCAAAUUUACUUUUGAUCAUUUACCUGCUCAAUCAAUUACUGGAUUUGAUGGUGUGAACUUAGUUCCAAUAGAUACACCUUUUGCAACAAAUUCAUUUGCUAAAGUUAAAUUUUCAAAAUCGUCAAUUCGUUUACGUCCCGGUGAAUCUCAAAGUAUUAAUUUGAGUUUUACCCCACCUAAAGAUUUAAGUGAUUUAGACCAUUCACUUUAUUCUGGCUAUAUUGUUGUUAAAGAUACCUUCACGAAAAAAGAAUUUUACGUUUCUUAUAUGGGUAUGAAAGGUUGUUUAGAUACUUUACCAAUAGUGGAUAAUCAAUCUGGUGCUCCUUUUCUUCAGUCUGGUAUAAAUGAUCAAAAGUUCUUUCUCCCCGAAGACGUUUUAACUGUAACUAUGAAAGGUGAUGACAUUGCACUUUUUGAAAAACCAACCGGAACUCAACCGACAGAAAAACCAACCGGAACUCAACCGACAGAAAAACCAACCGGAACUCAAACGACAGAAAAACCAACCGGAACUCAAACGACAGAAAAGCCAACCGGAACUCAAACGAAAGAAAAGCCAACUAAAACUCAAACGACAGAAAAGCCAACCGGAACUCAAACGACAGAAAAGCCAACUGAAACUCAACCGACAGAACAGCCAACCGAUGCUCAACCGACAGAAAAGCCAACCGAAACUCAACCGACAGAACAGCCAACUACUACACCUGAUGAAGAUGACGGAGGAAUCGUUACAAUAACAACAACUGUUACCACGACUCCAAUCAAUGUACCAACUGAAACGCCUCUUGCGAAAAGAUCGAUCAAAGCAUAUAAAUUAAGAAAUAAUGAACUAAAAUCAAGAGCAUUUGAUGAAGAUACAACGAAAUUAUUGGUACCAAAUUCUUUAGGCAAAAUAACAAAUAAUGGAAUCAUACAAUUUCAACAAAGAAACGAUAAUUCUGAUAGUAAUAAUAUCUUAACCUUACAAUUUGAUGGCACAAUAGAUAAAUCAAAUGGAGAAAAAGGUGUCGAACUACCGGAUGGCAGAUAUAGAUUGUUUUUGGCUGCUUUGAGGCCUUUUGGAAAUCCCACAAAGAAGGAUCAUUGGGAAACGUUUACUUCUUCUAUCAUUGAAAUUAAAAGAGAAUAA